AUGGACAGAAAGGUUGUUGACAUUGCUCUUCAGUUUUCGCCCGACUCCACUACCGCAGCACUCAGACAAGAACAACUCGGCAAGUGGUGGAAGUCCACCGAUCCAACCGAUGCAGCAAUCGAAUCCGGCAUCUGGAACUCGCGACCAGCAGACGACGAGAAAGAAGUAGAAGCCACACCCGAGGCCUGCGACAACACACCCGAUAUCAUCCAAGUCGCCAUCCUCGAAACCGUACGCGCACACGAUGAAGUCGACGCCGCUCUGGUCCACUCAAUCGCCUCGCAACCAAACGUGAACCUGACUCUGUACCAAUCUGGCGCCCGCUACGGUAGCGAGAAGAUCUUCCAUGCCUUUGGAUUGAACUACACGGGUCCCUUGAACCCAGAUGACUUUAUGGGCACCGACAAGCACACCACAAUCCCCGACUUCCUGGUACUCACGACUUCAGAAUUGGCAUUGAGGCAGGCUCCCAAGCGUCUCGAGGCAUUGCUGGCUCAGGGCAAAACCCGCUUAAUCUGCAUUGUCCACCACGCCGACCACUGGGCCGAGGAAGAAAGAAAAGCAGACAUCCGCCCUUGGGUCGAUGCCAACAUGAUCGAAUUCUGGACUUUGUCUCCCCACACCGCAGCCUUCCUGUCCAACACAAUCGCCGCUUGGGACUCCAAUGCCGAUGAACCCUGGGAUAACCCUCCUGCACCCCCGAUCAGAGUCUUUGUUCCUAUAUUCCCCAUUGACACUGCUGUCAACACCACCGCCACCGAACAGGAAUCUCAAGAUCUGAGUUUCGCAAUGCAAGGAGAUUACGAUCCUCACCGCAGAGACUACAAGCACAUUUUCGAACGACUCGGCAACUUUUUGGCUGCGGCAGAGGGAGAAAGAAAUGUUUCCAUGCAUCUUUUGGGACAAGGUCAACGCCCUUCUGUCCCCGAAAACGUGGCCAGUCAUGUUUUCUUUGACCAGAGUCUGAGUUACAUUGACUUUUACGGUUUGCUGGCAAAGGUCUCUGCUGUACUUCCCGGCUUUGCGUCGCCUGAGUAUCUGGACCGCAAAGCUAGUUCGUCGGUUCCUGCUGCGCUGAUUGCGGGAACGCCACUGGUUGCUGAUAGGAGGCUACUUGCUGCGUAUGCGUACGUGGAGGAGGAAUCAGUUUGGUUGCAGGAGGAUGGGGAGAAUGAGUUUGAUGUUGUAGGGAGGAUGUUGAGUGCUUCUGCUGAGCAGAGAGCCGAGAAGAGCGAGCACGCCAAGGCAAAUGCCGAAAGAAUCAUCCAAGGCAAUAUCAGGAGGGUGGGAGAGUGGUUUGGAGAGGGCAUUGUGAAUCUGUAUUGCUCAGGUGGUUCUGAAGAGGAGGAAGAAGACUAG